GAAAACUCUCCUUUUUAUUGCAGUAUGUGUAGCUGUGGGUGUUACACAAGUACCCAAACAAGUGAUAGAUGUUCUUCAUCAACUAGGCCUUGUGAAAGAUGUUCAACAGCCCUCGGAGACGACAGUGCCCUCAACAUCUCUGUUACCUCAGGGUGUUCGUCUAACCGUAUCAGGAGUUGUACUAACUAGUGAUGCACAUAUUGAGUCCCCCAUCACUGAAGUCAUACCAUCAAAUCUAGGGCAUCAGUUCACUAUAUUAGUUGGGCUGUACUCUUACAGAGUAAACAAUGCUUUCCUUUUCAGUAUUAGGAACAAAAAUAGACUGCAGUUUGGUGUCCAGUUGCUACCGAGAAAGAUAGUGGUGUACACUGGAGGGAAGCAGUCUGUAUACUUUGCUUAUAGUGUUCAUAAUGAACAGUGGCAUUCAUUUGCCAUUGACAUUCGAGACAAGACUGUCUCAAUAUUCGCUGAGUGCGGAAAGAAGUACUAUAGCAGGGAAAUACUUACUGAAGUGGAGACAUUUGAUUUGGAUGGUUCAUUUACCUUGGGAAGGAUGAACUCUCAUUCUGUCAGCUUUGAAGGAGUGAUAUGUCAGCUAGAUAUUAUUCCUUCUGCAGAAGCCUCUGCAAACUAUUGUAAAUAUGUGAAACAGCAGUGUCGCCAGGCUGAAACGUAUCGAUCUCUGUUAGGAGCUCCACGUGUGUCAGAUGGGUUGGAUCUUUUUUCAAAGAUGAUGAUUGAUGAGAAAAAACACUCAGAAGUCAUAUCGGCUUAUAGAAGGGAAGAAACAUCAAACAUUCCUGUUACCAGUGUUGCUCAGAUUAAUUUGCUAUCAGAAUACUUUGAGUCAAGAAAUGUCUCUGUAUCAGAGUUUCCAGAGGCCAGACCUCCGUUGCUGGAAGCUUGGCCUGAAACAGAACUCCAGGAGAAUGUCAAUCUGCCUCUUCAUCAGCAGGAGACGAACAAAAAAAGAAACAAUACUAAAAACCCCACAGGAUCAUAUCCAAAUACUGUAGAUAAUACCACAGAAGAUGCAGGCAGGCAAAGUGAACCUUCUCUGAUCUCCCCCAUAAAACAGAGUAAAACUACAAGCAAGGGAAUGGACAAAGCGAAACAGCAUUUAGAUGAAUCAAGCAAAAAGCAGCACAUCUUCAACGCAACCUUGUACAGUUUGCCUGCUGACCUCUCUCUGGAUAAUCAACUCAGUCCAGGGCAGGAAGGUGCAUUUGAUGCUGAUGAGACUUAUCAUACGGAAAAUAGUUAUGACAUUGGUAUUGAUCAUUAUGCUUAUGAAUAUGAAGACCUUGACAAAAUGUUUGAAAUGGGAAGUGUCAGAGGUCCAAAGGGGGAAACUGGACCUCCUGGUCCUCCAGGUCCUCCAGGUUUACCUGGUCCAUCAGGAAAGAGGGGUCCUCGGGGUAUUCCAGGACCACAUGGUAAUCCAGGUUUGCCAGGAUUGCCAGGUCCAAAGGGCCCUAAAGGAGACCCAGGAUUCUCUCCAGGACGGGCAAAACGUGGCGAAAAGGGUGAUCCAGGCCCCAUAGGCUUUCCAGGGCCACCUGGGAUCAAAGGCCAGAAGGGUCUGAAGGGUUAUCUGGGACUGCAAGGGCCACGUGGUGAGCAG